AUGAAAAAGUACAAAGUUCGAUCUGCAUCUACCAUCUAUGCCAUAAAAUAUGCAAAGGACAACAUUCUCACAAAAAUUGGCCAACAAGGCGGAAUGUCAAAGCGAAAGCGUUUCAAGAAUCCUCGGUACCCACAGGUUGACGAAGCUCUCUACAUCUGGUUUUUGCAAAAACGACAGCGCCACCAACCGGUAAGCCAAGAGAUGCUACAAGUCCAAGCAAAAAAGUUCUUCAACCAGAUGAUUGGAACAGGGGAUUACGGAAGUCGUGGCUAUGUGGAGAAAUUUAUUAAACGCAACGGCAUUCGCUUACUGAAAAUCAGUGGCGAAAAAUUGUCCAGCAAUAUUUCUGUUGUUGAAAAAUAUAAGAAAGACUUUGCUGCACAGAUUCGGGAGGAAGAUUUGUCUCCUUGUCAGAUCUUCAACGCUGACGAAAGUGGGCUAUUUUUCAAGAGAACCCCAACAAGAACAUAUGUUGAGAAAGACGCAAAAUCAGCUCCGGGAUUCAAAAUGAACAAAGAUCGAAUCACAUUCAUGCCUUGCAGCAACAUGGAUGGGUCGCUUAAAUUACCAUUAAUGUUGAUUGGGAAGUCUCACAGACCUCGAGCACUCAAAAAUCUCAAAGAGCUGCCUGUAUACUACAGGGCAUCCAAGAGCGCUUGGAUGGAAAAAGUGCUCUUUAAAGAGUGGUUUUUUGGCGAAUUUGUCCCGAAAGUGACCGCUUUCCUCAAGUCAAAAGGACUUCCCGUAAAAGCCGCCCUUGUGUUGGACAAUUGCACAGCUCACUACAAUGCAGAUGAGCUAAAAACUGCCGAUGGAUCAAUUUUCACCAUAUUUCUCCCAGCAAAUACUACCGCUGUUCUUCAACCGAUGGAUCAGAACAUCAUUCAGAUGAUUAAGACGCGUUACAGGAAUCUGAUGAUGCAGGAAAUUCAAGCUCGUGGAGGAGAGUUGGAUGAUUGCGUGAAGAAGGUCAACAUAAAAGACGUCAUCUUUUGGGUCGCUCAAGCGUGGGAGGUAGUUCCAGCUGACUCGAUUUGCAAAUCUUGGAACAUGCUUUACAAUACCCGUGAAAUCGAGGAUGAGGAUGAUGUACCAUUGUCGGUCCUGAGAGACACGUUGAGAAGCAUUGGUGAGAAAAUAGCACAGGCCGAAGAAAUCGACGAGGAGGAUGCUGAAUUCGAAACGCUGAGCGAUGAUGAGAUCAUCGCAAGUGUUCUUCAUAAAGAUGCUGACGAAGAUAUAUCUUAUGCCGGUGACGACACAAUGCAUUCAAUGUCGACACAGGAAGAAGCAUCACAUUCGGCGAGUUUUGGAGAUGAUGACAAAUAUAUGAACGUGUCGGAUGAAGCAGCCUUAAAUGGGUUUGAUCUGGUAAUCAGAUACGCAGAAGAGAACAAUUGGCCACUGACUACACAAUUCUCGCUGCGCCACAUGCGCAGUAAUGUCAUGGAUAUUGUAAUUCAAAAAGAGCACUAA